GUUUUCUCCGCAGCCUCAACUUUCUGAGAGCGCAAGGCAUUUUUGCUGUCUUCAAAUACCUUCAGAAAACUAUUGUCUCGAACAGACCCUGGGGGCCGGUAAGCGGCCGAGCAUACUGCGCUCCCCUCGAAUCCUUUCCCCUCGUCUCUCUUGACGCCCAACUAUCCAAAAAUGCCCCGAGACCCUUUGAUCGGCCUGGUGGGAAAACCAAGUUCUGGCAAAUCCACCACAUUAAUCAGCUUGACAGAUGCAUCUUCGAAAGUCGGUCAGUUCAGAACCCAUAACACACACACCCAACCCAGCCUACCUAGUCCGCGAUGUUGAGCAAAAAAAAAGUCUAUCCUGCAGCGCAAGCAGGAAAAAAGAGACGAGAGACGACAAAAUAAAAAGAGACCUUGAGGCUGAUAUGAAUACUAUACAGGCAAUUUUCCGUAAGGGCCUCCCCUCCUCCGCUUCAUCGACUACCUUAUGGACCCCCCUCGAUCUUUUCUGAUUCUCCUCCCCUAGAUUCACCACCAUCGACCCCCAGCGCGCCGUGGGUUACCUCCAAGUUGACUGCGCAUGUCAACGGCAUGGCCUAUCUGCGCGGUGUCGUCCCAACUACGGCUCCUGCAUAGACGGGAAGCGUUCGGUGCCGAUCGAACUUCUCGACGUCGCCGGUCUCGUGCCGGGUGCGCACGAAGGUAAAGGGCUGGGCAACAAAUUCCUCGACGACCUCCGUCACGCCGAUGCGUUGAUCCACGUCGUCGACGUCUCCGGCACGACCGACGCAGAAGGAAAAGCCACGCGGGGCUACGACCCGAGUGUCGACGUCGAGUGGUUGCGCGGAGAGAUUGUGCGCUGGAUCCAGGGCAACCUGAUGGAAAAAUGGGGCAGCAUCAGACGGCGGCACGUGGCGGUCAAGUCGACGGCGGUCGAGACGCUCCAGAACCAGUUCUCGGGCUACGGGAGUACGAGCGCGGUCGUGGCGCGGUGCCUGGACAAACUCGGUCUCAAGACUCCCUUGGAGGAGUGGUCCGACGAGACGAUCUCGAGAGUCGUCAAUGCGUUUACCGACGAGAAAUUCCCCACGGUCCUCGCACUCAACAAGAUCGAUCACCCCGACGCGGACCGGAACAUCGCCAAGAUCGCGAAACAACAGCCGGCCGAGAGCAUCGUGCUGUGCAGUGCCAUCAGCGAGGUUUUCCUGCGCCGGCUCGCCAAGCAAGGCUACAUCAAGUACACGCCCGGUGCGGAGUACCUGGACACGAGGGAAGAUUUGAUAGAACAGGGAGAUCAGGACGGUGGUGGCCUCAAAGAGAUGGACGAUAAACUCAAGACGAGGAUCGAAAACUUGAAAGACAUGGUGCUCUAUCGGUUUGGGAGUACCGGUGUGGUUCAGGUUCUGACGAGGGCGGCUACACUACUAGGUCUCGUGCCCGUGUUUCCGGUCAAGAACAUCCACACGUAUGGUUCCGGGACGGCCGGAUCGACGGUGGUGUUUAGGGACUGUGUGCUGGUGAAAAAGGGGAGCACGGUGGCUGACGUGGCGAGGAAAGUCAUGGGAGAUGCACCGAUUGCUUUUAUCGAGGGAGACGGUGGGAGAAGAGUUGCCGAAGAUCAAGUGGUGAGUGUGGGAAAGAAUGACAUUCUUUCGUUUCAUGUGGGAAGGUGAUGGAUGGCUGUUGAGACAUGUUUUGGGCGGCGUCCGGACUAGAUGGAUCGAGAUGAGACCAGGCAAGACGAGGUGAGAUGAUACGUACAGAUGACAAGAUACCCUACAGGAUAUAAAAAAGGAGAGACAAUGUAAUGCUGCCCGAAUGAAUAUGACGGACCCGGGGGCAAAUGUGGGACAAUACAAGGAACAUGCGGAAUGUAUACAUAUCUAUAGAGUACCAUGAACGACAAGAAAUCAGCUUGAUCGAUUUUGA